AUGCAGUCUCCACGUGAAAAUUGGACCCUUGUGACAGAGUUCGUCUUGGUAGGCUUCAGAGGCACCGAGGAGGGACAGCUGCCUCUCUUUGGCUUCUUCCUAAUCAUGUACUUGCUAACCCUGAUGGAAAAUGGCAUCCUGGUCUUAGUUGUGGCAAUAGAAAGGCGCUUACACACCCCCAUGUACUUUUUUCUCAUCCACCUCUCAUUCUUGGACAUUUGGUAUACCUCGCUCACUGUGCCCAAAAUGCUGUCUGGGUUUCGACACCCAGCAGGUCAGAUGAUCUCUUACUCUGCCUGCCUGACUCAACUUUACCUCUUCACUUUCUUGGGCAGUACAGAAUGCUUCUUGCUGGCAGCCAUGGCCUAUGACCGCUAUGUGGCUAUUUGUGUCCCUCUGCGGUACCAAGAGAUUGUAGAUCGAGACACCUGCCUGCUUCUGGCAAUUGGCUCAUGGAUAGCUGGAUUUCUUAUCCCAGUACUGCCUGUUUAUUUCAUGGCACAGUUGACAUUUUGUGGCCCCAAUGUGGUAGACCACUUCUUCUGUGAUGCUUCACCACUCCUCGUUCUCUCAUGCACUGACAUUUCACUGAAGGAAUCAAUAGAUUUCUUGGUCUCUCUUUUGGUGCUCCUGAUCUCCUCCUUGGUUAUUAUAAUGUCCUAUGUCCAUAUUAUCACUACAGUGCUCAAAAUUAACUCCUUGGUUGGACGGCAACGGGCCUUUUCAACCUGUACUGCCCACCUGAUGGUAGUGGCUGUUUUCUAUGGGACGCUUUUCUUUAUGUAUGUCCGUAUCAAAGUCACCUCCUCAAUCAACCUCAACAAAGUGGUGUCAGUCUUUUAUGCAAUAGUCACCCCUGUACUCAACCCCCUAAUCUACAGUUUACGGAAUACAGAAGUGAAGGCUGCUUUAUACAGAAUUAUUUCCAAGACAAAGCCAGUUUUAAUGGGACAUUAG